AUUUUAUUAAAAUUCAAAUUUUCCACUCGUUUCAUAAAAUUGCCAUUCACAGCGCAGCGGCGUUGCCACUUACUAGUGCGAAAUGCGCUAAAUUAUACCAAAUCGCAUUCGUCACCGAAGCAACCCUUGCAAUCUAUUUUCAAAAUGGCAACGGCGUGAGCGGCGCUUUGUUUCGAGUCUACGUUUUUAAUUUGUUUCGGCGCUAAAUCUGGUUAAUAGUGUUAAUUGUGGCGUCAGAGUUUUAAGUUUAUUCAGUUCUGUGGCUUGUAAUUUGAUAUUGUUGAUUGGUAUUGAACCGUUAACGCGCUAAUUAAAAUGAGCGCUUUUGAGAUUACUGUAACUCCAUCGCGUAUUAAGCAAAAGAAGCGAGUCGAAGGCCGCGAACCGGCUAUCGUGGUAAUGGCUCCAUUCUCAGCCAAGGCAAUUGUGCAGUUCGAAGAUGUUCCCAUUGGAAAAACAGCAAAGCGUAUUGUGCGUAUUAUGAAUCCCAGUGACGAGGAUAUUGAGGUCAGAGUAACAAAACCCAUCAAAGAGGACCACAAUCUCAGCCUGGAAUGGAUGGAACGUAGUGUUCCAGCUCGCGACGAGGUUGUCAUGGAAUUAGUGUGGAAUCCACAGAUUGAUGUUGCCUGUAAAGAAACACUGCAGUUACUCGACAAUCGCAAUUUUCGCAAAGACGUUAUGAUUAUUCUGAAGUCCAGAAGCAUGCAACCAUCAAGGACAACACGUAAGUUUCCUACAAUUGGCAAGACGCUGCAGCUCAAGUCUCCGACUAGCAGUACUAAGAUGCUCAAGAAUAGUACGGCAGCAGCAGCUGUGCAACAAAAGAAACGUGUGUCCAGUUGCAAUUCCAGUUCAGCAGUUGCCACAGCAACAGCAGUAAAGCAGACGUGGCGCAACAGCGCUGCUGCUGCACGUACAAGGACGUCCACAUCUACAGUGACAGCUCAAGCGCCUCUAAGCGAGCGGAAUGUGUAUAGAGCUGCAUCAAUUAUUUCUCCUCAGGGGCGUAAUCUGAAAGAGAAUGUUAGUCCGAAGACUCCUGGCAGUGUCAUCAAUUUAAUUGAUAAGAUGCAAUUCACACCUAUUGUCGAAGUGUCACAUGUCGCAAAAUCAUUGCCUGACAAUCUUGUUAACUGGCCCACUCCCACAUUGAACUUACCUGGACAAACUGCAGCACAUAACGCAGAGGAGUUGCACCCACGUCGUCUGCCCUCCUCACUGGAUGAGGAACAAACCAUUUCUAACCAGACAUUUGAUGUAAAACUGUCCGAAACAAUGAAUAUCUCUGCAGACACUUUAGAUGGUUCACGCAACGAUCUGUUGCAGCAGACACCAUCGAUUACGCUUAACAAGACCACGACAAUUGUGCCAGCCAUGCAAAUGCGUGCUUUGACAUGCAUACGAGAAGAGGACUCAAGUCCACCAAAUAUGGCAGGCCAGUUGCCGUCGAAAAUACGUGACUUGAAGCGAGAUAUUCAUGUUGUGGGCUCACCGUUGCGCAAGUACAGUGAAUCUAUGAAGAAUCUAUCGCUGCUAUCCCCACAAUCAAAGCUUGCCAUACAAGGUUCGAUGCCCAAUCUUAAUGAAAUGUUGCCGCUUCGUUCCAUUGAACAGAAUCGUUAUUAUCAGCAAUCGCAACAGAUACCCUCGUCAGCGAACAUGUUCCUCGAUAAUUCAGAUUCCAGCGAGAUAAGCGUUGUUUCCCAGCAAGAUGUGCUGUUCAAUCAGUGCGAGAUUCUGGCACAAUCGAGCCACUGUAAUUUACACGAAUCAGUAAAGAAAACGCACAAGAUCGAUCACUUGGCACUGACCCAUAUUCAGCAGCGUCGUAGCAAGGAAACAAAAGUAAGCAGCGGCCACAAGCGUCGCUCACAUGAGUUGAGCUUCUCGGAUGCCCCCAGCAGCGAAUCAAUUCAUCGUAAUGAAACUAUGGCCAUUUCACCACCGAAGCGACAAAGAUAUGAACCCAGUUGUUAUACACCGACCAAUGCCUCUGCGCGUAACUCCAAAGCAUGGCCGCAUGCGCAGUCCAAAAAGUUUAAAUUGUCUCAAACGAUGUCGCUGUUGAAAAAGCCGGUUGAACCGCGCAAGACGCGACAGCAACCUUCCGUUAAACUUUACGAUUCCGAUCUGUACAUGCAGUCAUAUAUUAAUCCAGAUCCUUUUGCUGCAAGUACCACUGUCGAUCCAUUUUUGGCUUCAACUAUGUAUUUAGAUGAGGAGGCUGUAGAACGUCACCAAACAGACUUUAAAAAGUGGCUAAACGCUUUAGUUAGCAUACCAGCAGAUUUAGAUGCAGAUAACAAUAGUAAAAUCGAUGUGGGCAAGCUAUUCAACGAGGUGCGUAAUAAGGAGUUGUCAUUGGCGCCCACUAAAGAGGUGCAAUCGAUGAAUUACUUAACCACGUUUCGUCUGGAAACACUGCGUCGCGCCGCAGUUGAACUGUUCUUCAGCGAACAAAUGCGCUUACCGUGCUCCAAAGUUGCCGUUUACGUCCAAAAACAGGCGUUGCGCAUUCGAAGUGACCGCAACCUCCACCUAGAUGUGGUCAUGCAGCGCACAAUACUCGAGCUAUUGCUCUGCUUCAAUCCGCUGUGGCUGCGUCUGGGCCUAGAAGUAGUGUUUGGGGAAAAGCUUCAUCUGCAAUCGAAUCGCGAUAUUGUCGGCCUCAGUACAUUCAUUCUAAAUCGUCUGUUUCGCAACAAGUUCGAGGAGCAGAAGUACAGCAAGGCGUAUACUUUAACCGAAGAGUACGCGGAGACCAUAAAGAAGCACACGCUACAAAAGACUUUGUUUCUUCUGUUGUUCCUGGAUCAAGCUAAACAACGACGCAUUGUUAAGCAUAAUCCAUGCUUGUUUGUCAAGAAAUCGCCACACAAGGAAACAAAAGAUAUUCUUCUACGCUUUUCAUCUGAGCUGCUGGCGAACCUAGGCGACAUCACACGUGAAUUACGCCGCAUGGGAUAUGUAUUGCAGCAUAAGCAGACGUUCCUCGACGAGUUUGAUUAUGCCUUCAACAAUCUGGCCAUCGAUCUGCGAGAUGGUGUGCGUCUAACACGUGUCAUGGAGGUCAUCCUGCUGCGCGAUGAUCUCACCCAGCAGUUACGGGUUCCAGCGAUUUCUCGCUUGCAGCGUAUAUUCAACGUUAAGCUCGCUUUAGGGGCCUUGCAAAAUGCAAAUUUCCAGCUCGGUGGGGACAUCACCGCAGCUGACAUCGUUGAUGGCUAUCGGGAGAAGACAUUGUCGCUGCUCUGGCAAUUGUGCUACAAGUUUCGAUCGCCCAAAUUUAAUGCUGCUGCUCGUGUUCUGCAGCUGUGGUGGCGACGUCGCUGGCUGCAUGUUUUUAUUAGACGUCGCAUUCGUGAUAGAGCUGCGAUUCGCAUACAAGCCGCCUUCAGGGGUCAUCAAAUGCGCAAGUUCGUUAAAUUGUAUCGUGUGGAGCGCCUACAAGCUAUAAUCGUUCUACAGAAAUACACUCGUCGCUACUUGGCCCAGAAACAUUUGUAUGAAAUGUAUCAGAAAAUCGUUAGCAUUCAGGCCUGGUGGCGUGCGCAGCGCCUGGGUCGCCUGGUGCGUCAAGAGUUCUUCCAUCUGAGAGAAUCGACAAUAUUCCUUCAAAGGAUUUUCCGUCGCCGCAUGUUCUCGAAGAAACUGCUGGCGUAUGCGGCUAGAGAACGCUUGCAACGUGAUCAAAUACAUCAAGCUGCUGCUUCUUGCAUCCAACUGCAUUGGCGUGCUCUUCGCUGUGCGAGGGAACAGCGAAAAACGUACGUUCAUCAAAGACAAUUGAUAAUCUUCGUACAGAAUAGAUGGCGAGGUAAGAGACUCGCUCAGCAAAAACGCAAAGAUUUUUUGAUUCUUCGAGAGGCGGCUGUAAUUUUGCAAAAUCGAUAUCGUGCUCGUUUGGAGAUGCUUAGGUGCUAUCAACGUUAUAAUCUUCAACGUCGUAGUGCUAUAAUAUGGCAGCGUUAUUGGAGGGCUACAAUCAAGAUGCGUAAACAGCAUGAAAGCUAUCAUAAACUCAAAACCGCUGUGAGGGUGCUUCAGGUAAAGUACAGGGCUCGACUUCAAAUGCGCCGGCAACGACAGGAGUAUUUGCGACUGAGAAAUGCUGCAGUAUUCCUGCAGACGCUAUAUCGAGCUCGUCUGGAAAUGCAACAAGUGCGGAGUACUUUUGUGAAGGAUCGACAAUGUAUUGUUAACUUGCAAGAACGAUGGAGAGCAACGCUUGAGAUGCGACGACAGUAUCGCUCUUAUCAGCAGCUGAGAUUUCACAGCAUCGUGCUGCAAAACAAAUUUCGGGCACGAGUGCAGAUGCGGCGGCAGCGCGAAGAUUUCACUAAGAUGAAGAACUCUGUUAUAAAAAUCCAGAGAUUAUAUCGCGCUCGACAAUUGAUGAGGACACAGAGAGCGCAGUUCGUGCGUCUUCAACAGUCAGUUGUACUUAUUCAGCAACGCUUCCGAUCCUUUAGACAAAUGCGAUACAUAAGUGCCAAGUAUCGCGGCACCCGAGCUGCUAUUUCUUGUCUCCAGAUGCACUGGCGCAACUAUUUGCUGACCAAAAGACAGCGUUGCACUUAUUUACAUCUUCGUGAUGCAACCAUAACCAUUCAGAGACACUACCGUGCUCAUUUGGCUAUGCGCAAAGAUAGAGACAGUUACCAGCAUCUGAAACAAAUUACAAUUCAAGUACAACAUCGCUAUCGUGCUCAGGUACAAAUGCGAUACAUAAGUGCCAAGUAUCGCGGCACCCGAGCUGCUAUUUCUUGUCUCCAGAUGCACUGGCGCAACUAUUUGCUGACCAAAAGACAGCGUUGCACUUAUUUACAUCUUCGUGAUGCAGCCAUAACCAUUCAGAGACACUACCGUGCUCAUUUGGCUAUGCGCAAAGAUAGAGACAGUUACCAGCAUCUGAAACAAAUUACAAUUCAAGUACAACAUCGCUAUCGUGCUCAGGUGUCCAUGCGAGUGCAACGUGCCAUAUAUGAAUAUGAGAGAGCACUUAUUAUGCAAAUGCAACAGAGAAUACGCGCUAAGUUGGCUAUGAUAUCAGCAAAGAACAAUUAUCAAAGAGAAAGGCAGGCUGCAGUCCGUAUACAGGUCUGGUGGCGAAGUUUUCUAGCUAUGCGAUUGUAUCGUAGAAACUUUCAACGGCUUCGCACAAGUACAAUAACAUUGCAGCGUAAAUGGCGAGAUACUAUACAAGCACGUGUACACAGACAGAUGUUCUUGGCAACUAUUCAAAAAGCGAGAUUACUACAAGGUUGGGUGCGGUCCUUAAUGCUAAUGAGACAGCAGCGUGCUCAGUAUCAGAGACAGAGAGAGGCUGCCGUUGUAAUCCAACGUCAUUAUCGGGCUCGUCUAGCUAUGAUCAGUACAAGGAUUCAAUAUCAGAGACUAAGAUCGGUUGCCAUUAGUAUACAGUUAAAGUUCCGUGCCAGACAAAGUAUGAUUGAGAAGCGCAAUGAGUUCUUGCAACUUCGAAAAACUGCAAUUCACCUGCAACAAAAGUUCCGUGGGAAACGUUUGGUGUUGGUUCUACAAAAGCAAUUCCACCUCUUGACCCAAUGCACUGGCAAUUUCCAAGCGCAUGCACGUGGUUUUCUUGCCCGAAAGCGUUUCCAGGCUCUAAUGACUCCUGAAAUGAAGGAGCUUCUGCGUCAAAAGAGAGCGGCGAAAGUUAUACAAUGUUACUGGCGGGGAUAUCUUACUCGUCGAAAACAACGACAUGCCGGUCUUUUAGCUAUUCGACAGCGUCUAUUGCAACUUCGUCAGCAGGCUACAGCUAUUAAUUCGGUACGGUCUAAGGUUCAGGACUCAGUUCGAAUUUUACGUGGCCGAUUUAUUGCCUCGGAUGCUUUACCCGUUUUAAAUCAGCUAGAUCGUCUGUCUCGAACAGUACCUCAUCUACUAAUGUGGUGUUCAGAAUUUAUGUCCCACUUCUGUUACGGCAUCAUGGCACAGGCUAUUCGUUCAGAGGUUGAUAAGCAACUGAUCGAGCGUUGUAGUCGUAUUAUUCUCAAUUUAGCACGCUAUAAUAGCACUACAGUGAAUACUUUUCAGGAGGGCGGUCUAGUAACCAUUGCCCAGAUGCUUUUGCGAUGGUGCGAUAAAGACAGUGAAAUUUUUAACACCUUAUGUACGCUUAUUUGGGUAUUUGCCCACUGUCCAAAAAAGCGAAAGAUUAUUCACAACUACAUGACCAAUACAGAAGCAAUCUACAUGGUCCGUGAAACGAAAAAGCUUGUUGCCCGCAAGGAAAAGAUGAAGCAGAAUGCUCGAAAGCCAUUGAUCAGUGCGUUUAGUCGUUAUGGACAACAAACACCGACUUUUCAACCGAGAUCUUUGCCCAGCUUAGAGCCGGAUUUUGGAAUCAUACGAAGUAGUCCAUAUACAUUUAUAUCGUCAGUGUUUGCAUUUGAUACUAUUUUAAGCAAGUUGAGGAUUGAUUUAAUUUGAUAUAUUUUAAAUGAAUAAGUUGCCUGUACGAGUAGAAGAGCUCAUUAUAAAUCUGUAGUUAAUUGUUACAAUUGUUUUGAUUGAUGUUUCGUAAUAAUAUGAUGUAAUUUAAUGUUGAUUGAUGUUUCGUAAUGAUAUGAUGUAAUUUAAUGUAGUGUUCAAUGUUUAUUAAAUGAUUAUGUUUUAUUGCAACAAAAAGUUUUGGUUUUGUCUUUUUGCUUGCACAGUUUUGCAGUGCCCAGAUUACUGUUUAUUAAAAUAUAUUCACAAAACAAUUACA